GUCACGCCAGCAGGGAGGGGAAAGGGGAGGGUGCUGGGUAGGAACUCAGCACCUCCGUCCGUGCCCCCGUCCGUGCCUCUGCAGAGCCACUGCUGGUGCCACCAUGGUGCUCACACUGGGCUACUGGGACAUCCGAGGGCUGGCGCACGCCAUCCGCCUGCUGCUGGAGUACACGGAGACCCCCUACCAGGAGCGUCUCUACCGUCCCGGCCCAGCCCCGGACUUCGAUCGAAGCGACUGGACCAAUGAGAAGGAGAAACUGGGACUCGAUUUCCCCAACCUGCCCUAUCUCAUUGACGGCAACACCAGGCUGACACAAAGCAAUGCCAUCCUGCGCUACAUCGCCCGCAAGCACAAGAUGUGUGGUGAGACUGAGGAGGAGAUCCUGCGUGUGGACAUGCUGCUGAACCACGUCGUGGAUUUGUGUGACAGCUUUGCCCUACUGUGCUACAACCCCAACUUCGAGAAGCUGAAGCCGGCGUACCUGGAGCAGCUGCCUGGGAAGCUGCGGGAGCUGUCACGGUUCCUGGGCUCCCGGCCGUGGUUUGCCGGGGAGAAGCUCACCUUCGUGGACUUCCUGGCAUAUGACUUCCUCGACAUGCAACGUAUUUUUGUGCCUGACUGCCCCGAACUGCAGGGCAACCUGGGCAGCUUCGUGCAGCGCUUCGAGGCGCUGGAAAAGAUCUCUGCCUACAUGAAGUCGGGGCGCUUCACCAAGACCCCUGUUUUCUCUUGGACGGCGACGUGGGGCAACACCAAGGAGUGAGGGGGUGCCCCCUCAUGCCCCCCACUCCCUAACCCUAGCCAUGCAGAAUAAAUCUGUGGGC